CAGGAGAAGAAAAGCGGAUAACGGAGCCAGAGGAGCGCCGUCUCUUCCAGCAUCAUCAGCCCGUUCUUCCAUCAUCUUGUCCUUAGGAAAAAAAACAUCCACAAAGCUGGAUUCAGUCGUCACUCUUCUGCUUUAAUCCAAACCUUGACAUCAGUAUGUCUGACAAAAGUGAGCUAAAAGCCGAAUUGGAGAGGAAGAAGCAACGGAUCGCCCAGAUUCGAGAGGAAAAGAAGAGAAAAGAAGAAGAGAAAAAAAAGAAGGAUGGAGACUCAAAACGAGCUGAGGCUGGCUCCUCAGUCGGUCAUGAAGACUCCGAUCUGGAGAGGAAGAGGAGGGAGGCUGAGGCUCUUCUGCAGAGCGUUGGCAUCACUCCUGAUAUACCCCACGUUCAGCCCCUGAGGGUAGUAACAGAAGAUACCUGUCUGUUUCACUACCUAGUCCCCGCCCCCAUGUCUCCCUCCAACAAAUCAGUGGGCAGCGAUGCAGGAAGCCAAGAUUCUGUGGAUGGAAACACCGGACCGAGGACAUUGCAUUGGGAUCCUGACCCCUCCACACUGCAACUCCACUCCGACUCUGAGCUGAUGGGGCGGGGAACUGUGAGGCUGGGCAUGUCCAAACUGACCCAGGUGGACUUUGUUCCGAAGGAGAUGGUGUCCUACUCCAAAGAAACACAGACACCCACAGACGCCCUGUCUCAAAGUGAUCAAAAAGCAGAAGAAGAAGAGGAUGAAGACAUCAGCGCUCCUCCACCAACAGAGGACAACCAGGAGGAAAAAGCCGUUCAGGACGAGCAGCAAGGGGAGGACACUCCAAAGGAGCUGACAGAAGAAGAAAAGCUGCAGGUCCUGCACUCUGAGGAGUUCCUGUCGUUUUUUGAGCGAGGCAGCAGAAUCGUGGAGAGAGUUCUUGCUGAGCAGGUGGAUGUUUGCUUCGACUACAGUGGGAGAGAUCUGGAGGAUAAGGAGGGAGAUUUGCAAGCUGGUGCCAAGUUGGUUCUGAACAGACGGUUUGAGGAUGAGCGCUGGACAAAAAACCGAGUAGUGACCUGUCUUGACUGGUCUCCUCAGUAUCCAGAGCUGCUGGUGGCUUCAUACAACAACAACGAGGACGCUCCACACGAGCCUGACGGCGUUGCGCUGGUCUGGAACUUGAAGUAUAAAAAACCAACACCAGAAUACAUCUUCCACUGCCAGUCUGAGGUGAUGUCUGCUGGGUUUGCUAAGUUUCACCCCAACCUGGUGGUGGGCGGGACUUACUCCGGCCAGAUCGUCCUGUGGGACAACAGGAGCAACAAGCGCACUCCUGUUCAGAGAACUCCUCUGUCUGCUGCUGCACACACACAUCCCGUCUACUGCGUGAACGUGGUGGGAACUCAGAACGCUCACAACCUGAUCAGCAUCUCCACCGAUGGGAAGAUGUGCUCCUGGAGCCUGGACAUGCUCUCCCAGCCUCAGGACAGCCUGGAGCUGGUGUUCAAACAGAGCAAGGCGGUGGCUGUGACUUCCAUGGCAUUUCCUCUCGGGGAUGUUAACAACUUUGUGGUGGGGAGCGAGGACGGCUCCGUCUACACCGCCUGUCGCCACGGCAGCAAGGCUGGCAUCACGGAGGUGUUCGAGGGCCACCAUGGUCCAGUGACGGGGCUGAGCUGUCACAGCGCUGCAGGACCGGUGGACUUCUCUCAUCUUUUCAUCUCCUCUUCUUUUGACUGGACUGUUAAACUGUGGAGCACAAGGAGCACCCGUCCACUGUACUCAUUUGAGGACAGCUGUGACUACGUCUACGAUUCCAUGUGGUCUCCAACACACCCCGCUCUGUUUGCCUGCGUGGACCUGUCCGGCCGUCUGGACGUGUGGAACCUCAACAAUGACACAGAAGUUCCCACUGCCAGUGUUGGAGUGGAUGGGGGUCCAGCACUGAACCGUGUGAGAUGGUCUCACACUGGAAAAGAGAUAGCUAUUGGAGACUCUGAGGGACAUGUGCACGUCUAUGACGUAGGAGAGCAAAUCUGUGUUCCCAAGGCAGACGAGUGGACGCGCUUCGUCAGGACCCUGGCAGAAAUCAACGAGAACAGAGACGAAGCCGAGGAGCUGGCUAACGCCUGAUGCUACUAACCCCCCUCCCCUUCCUAACUGCUUUUAAAUUCCUCAUCUGAAUACUAAACACCUAAAGAAAAUUAGAAGAAAUAUCCAGAGAAGCUGCUCCUCUUGGCCUCCAGCUUUUGCCCUUCACUGCAGCCCGAGGAAAUGUGCCAAGCUAGAACGGACAGAAACGACGACCUUACGUAAGCGUUUGUGUUCCAAGUUGUAGGAAGUAGAGGAAUGAGCGUCAUAUGUAAAGGUAGAACCAGACUUUAAGGCUGACGGAUCAUUCAAAAGGGACAUAGGAAAGUUGAAGUUGUCCACUCUGAACUUCUAGCUUCGAUUACAUCCUCAGGGAUCCAGAAAGCACUCCUCCCCUGAGGCCUCCACCACCUCAGCCUUUGUUUGUUUUAAUAUGCAAACCUUUCUACUUGCUCCUUUAUAUCAUCAUUUCAGUGUUUUUACAUCUUACUCUUUGGUGAUUUCAGAUGGAAACCUGUUUCUCCUCAGCGAGGUUUGCAGAGCUCGUGCUUGCACUUGUAUUUCAGCACUGCAAUAUUUAAUAUUUAUUUACUGGUUGCACUUAUUUAAAGAGUUUGUUGUUUCGGUAAAAUAUUAAUUGACAGUGACACUACAAGCCUUUUAUUAGGUCCACUCGGGUGAUUUGGCUUAAAAUUUACUCAAUUUGAAACUAUUUUAAUGUUUUAUAUUUGGAAAUAUUCUUGUUUACGUAUAUCAAGACAAAUCUAACAGUUUGGACGACGGUUAAAGAGGUCGGAACAAUUUUUCCACCAUCAAACCUGAAUUUAAAUGUGUUUCACCAUACAACUUAACCAAGCUCUUACUUUUAGCCAGAAUGUACUAAAGGCAGUCGUGCUUUAUGUAUCAAGAACAGGAUCCAUAUUCCAAACUGUAUUUCCUGUUGUGUUCCUGAUGCAAUGAAUGGUUUUCCACAUGAAUAAAAAAACUCCAAACUUCUUGGUAAAUUUAAAACAA